AUGUCUCUUUCCGGUAAAACUUUUAAACUCGCUGAUGGCAAUUCCAUCCCCGCUAUCGCCUACGGCGUCGGUACCAAGUGGUACAAGCACGGCAGAAACGAAAUCGACGAAAAGGUUGUUGAGGCCUUGCAGACAGCCAUCAAAAGGGGCUUUGUUCACAUUGAUGGAGCUGAGGUAUACAAUACAGAUAAAGAAGUCGGCUUAGCUGUCGAGGGCCACAGAAACAACUUGUUUCUCACCGAUAAGUUUUUUGUUGGUGACUCUAGCCAUGCUGACAAAUCGCAGUAUGGUACCCCUUACGAGUCGCUCAAGUACCACUUGGAGAAGGAAUUGAAGACCGACCAUGUCGACUUGUACUUGCUUCACAGCCCUUUUGUCAAGAAAGAGUACCACGGUUUCAGCUUGGCAGAAGCAUGGCAAUCGGUCGAGAAGCUUAAGGACGAGGGCUUGGCCAAGUCUAUUGGUGUCUCCAACUUUGCCGUCGAGGAUCUCGAGGAAAUCUUGAAGGUGGCCAAGCACAAGCCUGUGGUGAACCAGAUUGAGUUUAAUGCCUACUUGCAGAACCAGACUCCAGGCAUUCCCUUGGGACCAAUCACCAAGGGUGAGCCUGGUGAGUUCACUGAAUUGUUGGAUACUUUGGGCAAGAAGUAUAACAAGACUCCUGGCCAGGUUUUGUUGAGAUGGGUGCUCGAGAAGAACAUCUUGCCUGUAACCACUUCUUCGAACCCAGACAGAAUCCGUCUGUUUGUGGAGAUCUUCGACUUCAGCUUGAACAAGGAGGAGGUCCUCAAGCUCACUGAGAUUGGCGCCAAGCACAAGACCUUGAGACAGUACUGGAAGAAGGAGUACGGCAAGUACGACUAG